GUUAGAAUAGAGGGGAUAAUUGAAUGCCCACCAUCGAAUUAAACAUAAAUUUCUUAAAUUUUAGGACUCAAAUGAAUCGAACAGCGAUGAUUCGAAGCUACCUAAAACACCUUCUUUAAGUAAUUCUGUGGAGAGCGAUGAUGAUGAUGGCGAAGUCGUAAGUACAUGUAUAUUCAGGAGUUUAGUUUUGUUGUGUUGUUACAUAAUUUCUGAACGAAAAUGUUUUGAUCAUUGUUGUCUCGUUUCAAAGCUGUGGUUUGUCCCCAAGUAUACGUACUAUUUCGUCCGUAUUUUGGAAAACAACAACAUGUCAACAAUGGACGUGCCCCAAGUCUCGCUCAAAUUGACUUCAUUUUUGACAGGGUCUAUCCAAUCUGUUGUGAACUGAUCUGAUAAUAAGACUGGAUAGAUCCAACUAAAAAUUAAACAGAUCUCAUUACAGACUAUAGGUAUGGACCCUAUAAAAAUAAUGGACCCUAUAAAAAUAAAGUCAAUUCGUGUGAGACAUGAAGCAGGUACGAGGUUGGACGCAGGUCUAUAUGUCAAUAACAGUACAUGGUAUAACUUUGUACAUGGUAUAACUUUAAACUAUAAUAUUCGUUAUGGUGACUACCACAUACACAGUCAGGAUUACAUGACAAUGCCUUAGUAUUGUUACCAAACAAUUUGUUCCUGCAUGUGUAUAGGACUUUGGAAUUAAUCUGGCUUUAUCUGACCGUUUGGAAGGAAUGAGUGCUGAUUUGUUGAUGCCAGCAAGAGUAGAUAACAAGGUUAGUUGAAGGGUUUUGUAGAUGGAAAAUUGUCGAGUGUAAAUUUAUAUACAGUGUACACUUAUCAGACCUACCCAGGGUCCCUCGCAGGAAUCGAACCUGCGACCCUGCGAAUCCGGUGCAGCGCUCCAACUAUAACUACAUGAGAUCCAGGGUCCAGUUGUCGAGCUCUAACCACAAGUUCAUGUAUAUAUACUACUAAUACUAGGGUACUGCCAUGUUAAGUUGAGGGUAAAUAUCAAGUUAUUAUCAAUAAAUAUCUUGAUAUUUAUUGAUAACAAGGUUAUCCUUUUAUUGUUAUAAGCUUGGCGCACGCGGCAUGAUUUUAGACGGACGAUUUUCAAAUCGGUUUGCCUACACCGUGACUUCAUAUACCUCACGAAAUCACAGAAUGAAUUCUAGUUAGUUUAAUUUAAGUGAUAAAAAUCGCAACACACUGCACACGGAACAAAUCGGCCGAUACCAAUCGACAAUAUCAGAACAGUUUCAUCUAUAACUUUUCCGAUUAAAGUGUAAAUGAAUCGCUUAAAAAUGACGCCCCACUCACAAGGAUUUUUUUAUUCAUAAUCGUCUCACUAAACAUGUACCGUAACCUUGCACGCCUGGAUUUAACUGGAAUUAGUAGUAUAGUACAUUUUGUCCAGAUAACUUGUUGUUAAUUCUCAAUUACAAAAUCGUAAGUUGUUUUUUCAUAAAAAUAAAUUUUGUUAUUGGCUCUAUUUCUUCCAGGAUAACGAUUUUUUUCGAAACAGUGAUUCAAGUAUGGAAGCUUUGAAACAGUGAGUUACCUUCACUUCACGAGUUUACGAGUUGCAACAUGCCAACAUAUAGUAUACGGGUUUAGAAUCUUAAUUAAUAGUUAAAAGCUGUGUUAUAUACAUCAGUGCUGCUUGUCUGAUUACAGUAAAUAAAUUACAAUACCUCCAUUUCCCAUAAAGCUACUCAAUUGCGUUAGCAGGUACAGAUGUGAGAAUACAUCAUUGAAUGAGAGAGAUUGUGGAAGAUGUAAUUGGGAAAAUUAUACCACGAAAACUAUCGCAUGAGAGAAAAGCGCGACAGUCAUUCUACAAGCUUUUACCUAUUUGGUUAAUUAUUGCAGAACUUAUUGCUGUUAACUGUGGUUAAUUUUAGACUGAAUCUAAAAGAAAAAGAAAAGAAAAAGAAUGACAUCAAAAGUGAAACUCAACUGAACACCAAGAAGGAAACGUACGUAAACUACGUCAUCCAGAUUGACUGGAACCGAAAGACAUAUACAGUACACAUAUAACUGACAAUUUAAUAACCUCCAAAAAGAUAUUCUCUUAAAUUUAUAAAGGUCCAUUUAACACACCCAAAAUGUCUUGUGAUUGUAGUGUUCAACUCAGACUACUCUGAAUGUCUCCACACAGGGAAAUUCAAAAUUGAAAUUCAAAAUUCAAAAAUUUAUUAACGUGGUCUAUAUAUACACUUAGCCACAUACAGCUAUUUUACCAACCUCCGUCGCAGGGACUUUCCACCUGCUGGGACCCUGCAUGGGUACGAGGAUGCUAUUUUACAGGUAUGCCACCGAAAAGGAAAGCUGAAAAUUAAACUUUUCAACUUGCUCGGUGUGGUUUGGAUCAGCCAAAAUGUAAACACACACCGCAAUGGUCUGUCCCACAAUGUUCAUGCAACUUUACUCAUUUUUAAGUUUUUCAAAUUAAAAGCAUUUGCAAAAGAAACAGUAUAUAUUUGUUUGGUGGUCUGAACUCGGCCAACAACGGCGUCCGUUUUCUGUUGAGGCAUUUGUUUUGCAAAGAGAUUAAACAAAGCAAACUUCGUGCCAUAUCAAGGGUAUGCAUCUUAUGCAUCUGAUAUAUAGGGAUGAUAUAUAUGCAUAACAUACAUACAUACAUACAUACAUACAUACAUACAUACAUACAUACAUACAUACAUACAUACAUACAUACAUACAUACAUACAUACAUACAUACAUACAUACAUACAUACAUACAUACAUACAUACAUACAUACAUACAUACAUACAUCUGAUAUAUAUGCAUCUGAUAUAUUAGGGUAUUAUUACUAUAGCUGUUAUUUCAAAAUGCGAUAUAGAUUACCGCUUCAUUGUAUACAAGUGCAUUGCAAGUGGUUACGCUCUGUGAGGAAUUGCAUCUCGUUCUCUUUCCAAUAAUACAGUGGAAGACUGUAAGUCUUUCUGCGCGCCAAACUAUUUUUUGUUCUUUUAUAAAUUAUUAGAAAACUGCCUGAACCUAAAUCGACCGAACAGCUCAACAUUUCUAACGAAAGUGUAGAAAGUGAGGACGAAUCAAUGAAAAAAAGAUUACGAAAGGAGAGGAAAGAGACAAUUACAAAACUUAAACAAGAGUUAGAAAAUGAGCAAGAGAGAGAAGAAGGCAAACUGCGCGCUGAAUAUGCGACAAAAAUGAAAGAACUUCAAAUAAAAAUACGAGAAGAACAUUUAGAAGAAGAAGCACAUCUUCAAGAGGGAAUGGAAGACGCAAUCAGAAAAUUGAAAUCGGAAAUCAAACAGCAACAGGCGGAAGAAGAGGAAAAGUUAAAAAACAAGAAAAAUGAAGAGCUCGAGGAAUUUCGAACAAAGUUAAAGAAUGAAAGAAGAAAGGAAGAAGAUAGUGUAAACGAACAGAGUAAAAAUGAAAUGAAGAAACUAAAAGAGAAAUAUAAGUCAGAAGAAGAGGCCGAGGAAAGGAUAUUGGAUAAACAACAUAAACAGAAGAUUGAAGAAUUGCGUGAGAAGCUGGAGAAGGAAAAAGAUUGUGUAAGUCAUAGGGUACAUCGUCACUGUACGUCGUGCAUGGACGAAUCUACCGGGGCUGUACUCCCUUUUCAUGAUCAUGGCUUACGUAGAGGCACACGUAUACCCCAUCGGGCAUUAUGUGUAAUAUAGCAGUAUAUGUAUUAGAGGUGUGCAUCGGAUCGGAUUGGACGUUUAUAAUCCGACAAUUGGCUAGUGUUUAAAAUCCGAUCCGAAAUUGUCUAAUCCGAAUCCGAUCCGAGUUGCGAUAAAGAAUUCCAAUCCGAUCCGAUCCGAAGAAUCCUUUAACAAAAUAAAUUUCUCAUUCAAGUUGAAAUGUUUAACCAAAUAAAUAUAAAAACAAGAAAUACAUGUCAAGAAGCUGACAAAGUGACGACCAAUUGAAGUAUCAAACGAAAAAUGCAGCGACAACCGCGAUAAUGCUUUGAUAAAUGCAUGGAUAAUUAAUUCUUGCAAUAAUGCGUGGAUAAUUAAUUCAUUUUAUUUCGAAUAUCGAAGUCCGAUCCGACUACGAAACAACUUUAUCAAUCCGAUCCGAAAUGUAUAUUUUUGUUCCGAAAUCCGAACGAAUCCGAUCGGAUCGGAUUCGGAUCGGAUUUGCACACCUCUAAUAUGUAUAGUCCGCAGUGCAUGCGUUCUAUAGUAUUGCAUUGUUUCCGAGUUUUACUUUGAAAAUCUUGCACGACUUACAUAAUUCUCCUUUUACGACAAUUUAAUAUAACGUUUAAGGCGAGUUAGUUUUGAAAAUCACCCUAACGCGCUUUUGAAAUCAUUCAAGUUGUGUGGUUUUAUUUUAUGGGUAUUUAAUACAUUGUUAAACCACGUCCUAACGUAUUAGAGUUUUGACUCAUGUACAGAUUACAUAAGUGCAUAAUCGUAACGAUUAUAAAAAAUGUUUUCGACCUAUAUCCAAAAUAUACUAAUGAAUAUUUCCAUGGCCGCUUGUUUUACGAUAUGUUGAACAUCGAAUAUAAAACUAUAGGCUACUGUAUGAUAUAUUUAGGCACUGGAAGAAAUGCAACAACAACACCAGUAUGAAAUACAACAGAUGAAGUCAGAACUGGAAGAGCAACAUGAGAAGGUACUAGAUUGUGUUGUAACUAGAUUGUACAUAAGUAUAUUAAUGCCGUAUGAACACUGUAGAAUAGACUGAGCUACCGAAAGCAGGACGUGUGCAGUUACCCAACUUUCAACGUUUAUUGCUAUCCAGAUGGAUUUUGCGUCAUGUAUGGCAUGAUUAGGGAAGGAACUUUCAUUCUCAAAGCGAAACGAUAUACUUCGAAACGAUGAAUCAAUACAUAUGAGGAAAGCUCAUCCCAGAAGGCAGAAGAACCAAUUUGUCAUUCCAAGCAGCUAGAAAUCAGAAGAACGAAAUCGAGUUGAAAAUCACUUUCUCCUCGUGGUUCAACGUUCCUCGUCAUGCAUUCCCGCGUGGCCCAAACCUCAUGCAUUAAACAAAUCCAAUAUUAAAUUUCUGCAAAGUGAAUAAUUAUGUUUUACUUUUAUUAUUAUUGUGGCAGGCAAUUCAUGAGUUAAAAGAUGAACUUGAACAGAAUCACGAAAGUGAUGUGGAAAACGUAAAGAAUGAAAUAAAGUCUAAACAGGAGAAUCAACAGCUCAAAGUCCUUCAGGUUAGUUCACUGAUGCUUUCCUUACGAAGACGCGACGGUUUGUAAGUAUACUGGGACGCUGUAUAAGGAGGAGCUAGGAUGGUUUAAUUUGUCCAUAUUCCUUCAACACCUAUAUGUAUACUUGAGGCCAGAGUUAAAUUUGUAUAAGAUAAACACACAAAAUGGAAAUUUCUGAAGAAUCCAAGCUGUAAAGUACCGUAAUUGUGAGAGUGAUAAUAUUAUGUACUGUUUAAUAAACGAGCAGGAGUGUUUUAUUAGUUAAGGCCACGAGCGCGCAGCGGCUUUAGACCUAAUAAAACACGACCUGCGAGUUUAUUAAACGGCUUCAAACACGACUACAAAUUCACUAGAUAUACUGCCUUAUUAGUAUUCUUUAUAUAAAGAAUACUAAAUAGGAAUGUUUUAUCAGGUUUAAAGCCACUGCACGUGACAUAUUAUGGUUGACAUGAUUUGCCAAUAAGCUUAUGAAUUAUUAAUGAGUGUUUGAAUGGUAGUUUAUAUAUAGUUAUAUAUGUUUUGAAGUCAUUACAAAAUCCUCUAUACCGGCCUACUUGUCACUGAAGAAUACCUUAGCAACCAUUAUGAUGAAAAUACUAAACAUGGCUAUUGCAUUAUUGAUGAAAACGUCAUGAUAGCAAAGUUAAACAAGGCGCAUCUUUUAUAUGCAAUGUAAAAUUGUAAUAUUGAUUCAAUAUAAUAUUGAUGUAAUAUUGAUUCAUAUCAAUAUUAAUUGAUUCAUAUAUAUUGCGUAAUACCUUCAACCUGAUUUUAUUUCUCUCUAUUCUUUUUGUCUGGAAAUAGUUAAUAAAAAUUCAUAUUAAUCUAUACUGUGUAGCUGGCAUUAUGAUAUGAUAUGAUAUGAUAUGAUAUGAUAUGAUAUGAUAUGAUAUGUAGUGUUGUGUCUUUUGUUGUUUUAGAAGGAUCAUGAAAACGAAAUUAAGAUGGCUCGAGAAAAACAUGAAAAAGACCUUGUAAGUAACAAUUUUAUUUUUAUACUUUGAUUUUUGUCUUCAACAUUCAUAUUGUUAAACGAUGAAUUUUAUUAUUAGACUUUAUUGAAAUCUGAACACGAAUCAAAAAUAUACAAGGCAAAACAAGAAUUUAAGGAAAUGGUAAAAGUCUUUUUAUAAUUUUUAUUACUUUAUUGCAUGCAAAUACUUUGUUGUCGUUUAAUUCAAGAACGUUUUUUGGAUGCAUGGAUGUAUAUCCCAUGCAUAGUUCCUGCUGAGCAGGCUUCCAUUUUGAAGGAAAUUUCCUUUUUGAAGGAAAUUUUAACUAGCUGAAGGAAAUUAUAAGGAAAUUCGAAUCUGAAGGAAAUUUGAAGGAAAUUUCGGAAGAUUGAAGGAAAUGUGAAGGAAAUUGCCUUAUUUCUAAAAAAAUCCUAAGAAUACGGCAAUUUCCAAGGAAAACCAAACAACAAGUAAUAAUAUUAUUCCCAGUAUGAUUAUUUGCAACCAUAUAAGUAUAAUGCAACACACAUCGAUGGGAGAUCGCAACCAAGGAAGGCUAGUGGUUUAUAGGAAAAUUGGAUUUUAGUAAGGAAUUGUGGCCAACUUUAUUGGCGAAAACUUACAGUACUAUAAUCAGGAAAUUUUACACUUUAUGCAUUGACUUUGUGUUUGGUAUUAAUUUUAUAAAUUAAAAAUAUUUACCAUUAUUUGGGUGCUUCCACAGCAACUAAAUAAUAAUGGUAAAUGGCAAUACAAAGUAAUGGUAGAUAACUGAGCACCACCAUAUAUAAUGAUUAAUAAAACAUACCUAUUGAUGGUAUAGGAAAUGAAACAACAGUUUGAGCUAAGCGAAAGACUCGAGAGAGAAAAGAAAAAUUUAGAGGAUCUAGACGAGCUUGAAAUUGGAAAGCUGAGAGAGGAGUUUGAACAGCGUCGAUCUACCCAGAUUGCUGAACAUAAGAAACUGGUAAAUUUUAGCUUGAUAUUAAUUGAAGAACUUGUGUACGAGUGGUUGUUGUUAAAAUCUACCAGAAUAUUAUUACUAUUAACGAAUAUAUUGGUAAUUUAUUGGCUUAAUGGAACCUUACAAAGACAAAUACAUGUGCAAUGUAAUACAAUUGAAAGUAAAGCCCCGUUUACACUACGCUCAAAUUUUGGUACGGCACGGAUAAAAUUGGUACCCGUACCACUUUUUUCUUUCUUGGACUACCUAUUUAGCUGAGCCCCGUUUACACUACGCUCAAUUUUUGGUAUCGUACCACUUUUUGGUUCUUGGACUACCUAAAUAGGUAAUCCAAGUACAAGUACAGUACAGUACAAGUACAGUACAAGUACAGUACAGUACAGUACAAAUACAUUACAGCACAUUACAAAUACAGUAUACCCAGUAAAAUAAAGUAAGUACAGUACAAUUGAAUACAACAUACAGUACCCAGUAAUAUAAAGAAAGUACAGUACAAUACAAUAUAACGCAGCCGCACGCCACUGUGGCAACAACACAAUACACCGAAUCCGUGAGAACACGAGGAUGAAUGCGACAUGACGCAAUAUGUUCAGUACAAUACAUUCAAUGGUACAAUUUGAUAAAAUUCCGUUCACACUAGGAAAGUGAAGUUGAAACAAUGGUUAACGACCUCAAUGAAAGAAAAGCGGCAGUUGAAAAUGAGUUGAACACCAUCAAAGAUCAGGUAUCCUUGUUUUAUUAUCUGAGAAAGCGAUGCUUUAGAAUGACUGUGCGUUAAUUACUUGAUGGUUCCUUGACUGCUAAAGUAACGUUACUGUCUAGUAAAAUAAUUUUUAAUUGCACUCAUUCAAUGACUGUGUUAUUUACUUAAGGAGAGACAAAUUGCCACUCGAAAAGAAGAAAUGCAGAAAGAAUUUUCUAGCGUGGACAGAGAAAGACAGGUUAUUAGCAAAUCGUCCUGUAAGAUAUUGCUUACCUUUAUUUUCAGACAUUUUACCAACAUUAUGUCUAAUAUUUAGAAUCUCAGUAUCAACACUGAAGGUAGUGAAGCUCUUAGACGUGAAAACCAGAAGCUUGAAGAAAACAUUGCAAAGCAGGAGGGAGAUAUAGAAAGUCUGAAAAGGUCCCUAUACUACUUUAUAACUAAGUAUAAAUAAUAUAAUUUCAAAAAUUUCAUGAAGUGUUUUGUUUCAAGUUGAACGAUAUUAAAGUAAUCACAUUCCUUUUUACCAGAAUAAAACAAGAAAUGCAGAAGGAAAUUGAUGCGCUAAAUGAAGUAAAACGAAUAUUGCAACAGGAUAUAAGGUGAUGAAAUACGAAUAAAUAUUAAAUCAAUGCGCCGGACAUUAGGGGAGGUGGACCCCAAGAGUUCCUAAAAUAACGUAUUUUAAUGUCAGUGCGAAAUAUGAGAGCAUGCAUGCAUGUUCGCCUUGUAUUCAGUUGUAAAGCAUAGAACAACCACAUAGGCAAAGCUUAUCGUUGGUGGAACUGUGUUUUUGGCUAUUUUGGGUAGCUGGCAUUUACUGUACACCCUGGAAAUGUAGAAACACGCCCAUGUUCUAAAAUCCUAGCUAAGACCCUCCAGUGAAAUUUGAAUUUGUUUUGGUACAUUGUUUUGGUUGUGUCGUGUUUUAGCAGCUUAUUUGAAGCAUUUCUGAUUUUUUCUCCGCAGUGACUUGGAAAGACGUCUAUCAACAAUGAAGCAUCAAUCUGAAGUUCACGGUAAAAUACCAGCAAGGAGAACGAAGCAUGAUAAGCAAGAAACGUCAAAAAGCUCGGAUGAACUAUCUUCUAAUGAUGAAAAUGAUAUAGAGAAAGAAAAGGAUGAAAGGCUCCAGCUAGAGGAUUUAAAUGAUAAAACGGUAAACUAUACAAUGCAGUAUUUUUUAAAUAAAGUGCUUUUUCCUUGCCUUCUGUAGCAGCUCCAAUAAGACUUUCAUAUUCAGUUCAAUUUUCAUACUUCAGUUCAAUCGAGUGUCGAGCACCAAUUAUCCUAAAUUUUCAUAUUUGCGCAACUAGGUUUGACGUCAGGGCAUUUUGUCAAGGUGUUGCCUUGAUAAAUCAAUUGCGAUUCUUGAUAUAAAAUGGUGACAACUCAUUCCGAAUAUUUAUACAUGCUGUUAUUUAGCAACACAUUGACCUUAUCAUGCAAGCCUUGAAAAAAAUCCUUAAGGCGAAAGGUAUUUCUGUAAAACCGCCAAAUGAAUCAAUGGCUUCCAAACUCAAAUCGAAGGAUGAUUAAAUUCUUAUCCUGCUUAAAACGCUACUUCUCAUUUUUAGUUAACACCAGGAAUUCAGGAACAAGCAUUGGCCUCAACAGGUAAUUUCAAUACAAUGUCUAACCACACCAUGCACGUCUGAAUAUUCUGGUUUUAAAAUAUUCAGACAACGACAACAAAUCAAUCUAGUUCAUUAUUCUUCCCUAACUAUUUACAAAUUUUCAUUGCUUUAUUUAAGAUCAAAAUGGCGUGGCAUCACAUUCAGACGAUGACGAAAAGUUUCUACCAAAGCAAUCUUCUUCUAGAAAACAAGCAUGGGCUGAAAGUCACAUUCCAGAUUCAGGUGAGCAGCGGUCACCUUUUGAGCGAUGUUAUUUAAUAGUUCAUGGAAAAGCAUUUAAAACUUAACACAAAUAUGUUUGUCAUUUAAUAUCUACUGUAUAUAUCUAACAUGAAAACUGCCAUCUUGUGAUGUUAUAUGUCAGGUAUAUGAUAUUGUACUUCAACAAUUUAUGCAGAAUUUCCCUGCAUGUGUUCAUGUAAACUAUUCCAUAGCCAUAAAAGCUGCAUUUCUUAAACUAUAUGUAUACCGUGUAGUUAAUUCUAUGUUUACAUCUCAGCUUUAGAAUUAGAAUUUCUGAAAAGUCAGACGAAAAUGAAGCGCAAGCAAUCGUUAUCAAAACCGUAAGUGAAUUGGCUUCUUUUUCGAUCUUUUUCAACACUAUUAUAGUGAAUUAUUGUUUAAGUUAUUGCACUUGUGUAACGUAGGAAGACGGAGUCUAUGUGGAAACGAUUUGAAGAUGAAGAGAAUGCAAUAGUGAGAGCGAAAGAAUUCUUAAGAAAUAGAUCGAGUACCCUGCACAAGAAAAAGGUAAACAAAGCACCGAGCCUUUUGUAUUUAAGUGCCUAUGCAACGAAUUUUUCACCUCAUUUUUUAUUGUUUUUCUAAAAAGUACUGCUGGAGUGAUGAAGAAUGACGUUUACAGUUUUGUCAUAUCUCAUCUCAUUCUCAAGCUAUCACACUUUCUAUAUUUUGAGUUGUGACGUCACAAGUAUGAGUUGAGAUAAUGGCAAUAACAAGAAAGUAUUGUGUGAGUAUUUAAUAAAAUUCAAUAAAACUUGUUAUACUUAGUGGGUGCACUCAUAUGAAUAGUUUUGGUAGGUCACAUGGUUGUCAUGGCAACACACUAGUCCCCAGUCUCUUCUCUUCCUUUUCACAACUUUCCUGCUGUAGAUCUCUUGCAGAGGAUGUUUGCAUAUUAUAACUGUAGAAACUGAUCACAAUACCUACACUUAUUAUAGUAAUAAGCGAAAAUUGUAGAAAUUGCUAUUUAUUUCGUUGAAAAUGGAUCAUAUAGAAAUUGGAAGAGAAGGGACUGGGGACGAAUGUGUUGCCAUAACAACCAUAUAAACAAGCCAAAUUGUUGACUUUGUUGCACCCACAAAGUGUACCAAGUUUCAUUAAAUUUUAUUAAAUACUCACCAAGAUAUCAUACUUUCUUGUUAUUGCCAUUAUCUCAACUCAUACUUGUGACGUCACAACUCAAAAUAUAGAAAGUGCGAUAACUUGAGAAUGAGAUCAGAUAUGACGAAACUGUAAACGUCAUUCUUCAUCACUCCAGCAGUACUUUUUAGAAAAACAAUAAAUAAUGGGGUGAAAAUUUCGUUGCAUGGGCACUUUAAGCUAGUAGGAUACCCCAUAUGAACUAGCCUGCGAACAUGCUCACUGGGAGAAAGGUGAGCCUGCACGGAACCAUGCGUUUUAUUCAAUCAUCCCCUUUUCGCAUCUGCUAAACGCGAACCAAUCAGCGUCGACUGCGAUAAAUAAACUGUCAACUGUCAAAUUGACGCAAGGCGUGUACAUUGUGCAACGAAGAAAUACUAUGGAAAUACUAUGGAAAUACUAAAUAUUAAAAUGUAUACAUAAUAUGUAUAUAUGAACAAUAAUACAAAGCAUUAGCGGGCCGCACAAUAUAUUACUCGGAAAAAUAUAGAAUUCUUCAAAUAUUAAAUAGAUAUCAAUAAACAUACAAAUAUAAAGCCGAAUAAAAUACUACCAUUGGCAUUGAAUGUACAGUAAUACUUGUACUAUGUGCGACUGAAAGAACAAUGUUCUGAAUAUUUGAAGCUAUUACUAAAAUACGUUCAGAUAGAUUGGGAUUUGGAAUACCGAAUACGUCUAAAAUUUUACUAACUGUGGUCUAAAUAAAUGAUAAAUGAGCAUGUAUUUAUUAAUUUCUUCGAAAUCACGAGUGUGCCAAUAGUGGAAGCCAUAUCGACGACGAAAUUGUCAGCAGUUUAUACAGUAAAUAGUACAACGUUUAAUGUACGAUAUAUAUUUAUCUAAACGACAUGCCAGCGAGGAUCAACAAUAUAAUUAUUCGUACAUAUUUGGGUAUCUUUUGUAUGCCUUCGCUUGCUGACUUGCUCACUAAUGAGAAUAAUCCGUGAAGCCACGACGACCUCAAAAUGUACUAUACUAUAGUCUGAUGUCAAUCCGAAGACGAAGUUCAGAAUACUGUUAUAUAGAUUCAAGUCAUUUAUGAUAGACUUUUUUGCUGUGAUGCUUUGCUAUUGCUUUUGGUUUCUAUUUCUAGUUUUAUUUGUUCGAUAGUCUUAUAAUAUAUAAUAUUAAAAUGAAUAAAGUUCAAAUUCUUCAAAAUGCCGUUGUUGACAUUUGCUAUUUUUAGUAAUUUUGUCAACGAGUGUAAGCCAAUCAGAAGCCUGCGUUUCUAUACGAACGCCACUACCAAGAAAACCUAUAGUUCCGUGCAGGCCCUCUAUUCUUCGCGCCGCCCGUAACCCAGGGCCUGUUCGCAGGCUACAUAUGAACAGAAUAUGUUAAAACAUGAACAGAAUGUUAUUUAUUGGAGGAAAUUAAACUGAACUAAAAACAAUUUUUAGAUGUGAAAUCACAAAACUUGUUUUGUCUAAAAAGCCUUAAAUGUUUUCAGCAAACUUUGAAGUAUUAUUUAAGAAAGAGCAUGAGCGAGGUUCAUCAGGUUCAGGGCAAGUUGCGUGGGUUCCUAAACUAACUGUCAAAAUAUUGCCAUACACAUGAGUGUGUGAAUGCAGUAGUUGUCUAUAUAUAAUAUAUAAUAAAACAGUUAUUCUACUCACUCUCGUCGUAUGCGGCUGAUACUCCUCACCUCGUCGUUUAUCGAUACCUUUUAUACGACUCGAGUUCACAGAAUAACUGUUAAAUAUAUUCUAAAUGUUGUUUAGGGACACCUUGCAAGUACUAGAAGCACUGCCAGGGAUGGAAGAAACAGAAAGGUUAUAUAGUUCUCGUGCAGAUGAGUUUUUUAUGGUAGAUGAGCUCAUGCCCUUUUUGAAAAGUAGUAUAUAAAUACAGGUUUAUCAAAACUUAAUAAAACUGGCAGGAUGACAUUAAACUAAAUGCUCUUCAAAAAUUUCGUGUUGGUUUGCUGUUUAUCUUUGCGAGAAUCCCAUGAAUUAGCCAGGCGUUCUUUCUACCAUUAUCUGAAAUACAAUUAACGUAAAUUAUACUCGCCAAUUAAUGAUUUCUACAGUACAAACAAUAAAAACGCCAUUUGUAAAUGGCUUAAAAUACUUGUUCAUCUUUUACAGUUAUCUCGUGAUCUCGAGCCAUCGAAGCUGGAUGAAAUGAAACAUGCACUAGACCAAGUAAGAUCCAUACGAUUUUUGCACACUACCUUAAUAGAUAGAAGUGUGAUACGGUGUGGCGUACUAGUAUAAUAAUAUCUUCUUAAGUUCUUCCGUUCGUUGACGAACAUAUAGGUAUUGAUUUAGCAUCAUCCCAUGCAAGUACAUCCUGUCUCAUUCAAAUCUUUCUCAACUGUUGUUCAUGUUAUGGCUGCCUGCUUCCUUUGUGUCUCCUUCCUCACCUUAACUUCAUUCAUUCGCUGUUUUUGCCAGGGGUGGGAAAAUGGGACCACAAGGGCACAUGAAAAUUUUUUUGUGAAUGCUGACUCAAAAUUAUCCCAUUAUCUUUCUGAGACACAUAUAGAUGGCGUCCAGUUUCUUGCUGUGUCUGACUGUAAAUUGUCUACACGUCUUACUGGCAUAGACAACACCAGACACCUACUGAACAAUAGCUUCGUAGAUGAGAAUUUUUGUCUUCAGCGUCACGAUUUUGCAUGGAAACACAUGCCUAACCAAUUUUUAUUUCCUGUGGUUACAAUACAUGCAGUAUUCAAUGAAAUAACUAUGUGUAACAUUGCAAAUGAAUGCAAAUAAGAGUGACGAGAAGAGCAUAAAAUAUAAAGUCCCCAAAAACUUGAAUGUCUUUAGAUACACAAUCUGAAUAUUAACAUCUUGAAACACAAAAUGAGUCAAAGCAAGACGAGAAUGAGUUUGUGAUAUUUCGGUUUUAUUCCAAAAUCAUUAGACUAACUGAUGAUGAUUUUGGAAUAAAAUCGAAAUAUCACAAAGUCAUUCUCGUCUUGUUGUUUUGACUCAUAUCUAAUUGGGUUUCAAGAUGCUAAUCUUUGGAUUGUGUUUCGUUGUAUUUUUCGACUGGUAUAUUGGUUUUUAGAUGCACAUUUUUGUUUUUGUUCCAGGAAGAAGCAGAGGUAACAGAAGCUUUGUAUCACAUGAGCGCUGGAGAAAAUCUUCUUCGUCAAAAAGAAGAGAGAUUAAAAAUGUUGGAGAAUACAUUUGCAAAUGACUUGGUAGUUAUGAUAAAAUCUCGUAUACAUUACUCGUACAUUCUUAUAUGUGUGACAAUUGUUUACAUUUUAUGACAAUACUUUCUCAUUUGGGAUUGUGUGAUUACUAGAUUGAAGACUAUACUGUAAGCCUUGCAUGAGCGAGGAAACUAAAACAUGAAGGAUCAAUAAAAUGUUCAUAGUAUAAAUUUUUAAAAUGUAUGGGUAAAUAUCAGGAUUUUGGGCAUCUAAACAGCAGGGCCAUCUGGCAGGAAUCGAACCUUCGGCCGUGCGAUUCCGGUGCAGCACUCUAACCAACACAGCUACAGAGUCCAGUUGUAGAGCUCCAAUCCUAAGUUCAUUGAAUUUGCGUUGGUGGAAUAAUACACUUAUAUAAUGUACCUUGUAUAUAAUAAUUAAAUAACAUGUUGCUGUUGUCUCACUUUACUGAAACUUCUUUCUUCUUGAACCUAUUACUUUGUUAACUAACAUGUUCCGUUAAAGGCCCAUUUACACGAUACGACUAGUCGUGUAUGAUUGUCAUUCUGGCGCAUGAAAAGGACUGCUGACGCCACUAUGUUCAUCAGGUUGUGACGAAAUUUGAAAUGUGACAUCUUUACACGCAUUUUCUCGAGCGCAUGUGAUACGAGGAUAAGAAUCUUAUACCUGUACGACUAGUCGUAUCGUGUAGAUGAGCCUCAAGAAUAAUAACUUGCGCAAUGCAUGCCCCUUGCUUUGGAAAGUCUUAGAAUAUUGACUUCCUCGCAUCUUUUUUCUUUUCGUUAUUUUAUUUUUUAAUAUUUUUAUGUUUUGUAGUCGAGUACGUCUGCUGAUAGUGAUUCAGACAUUGGACAUGAAAGUAGACAACCUUCAUAUUAUGAAAGACACUACCAGAGACAGAAUCCUCGCAGAAGUCAUGCUGACAGGCGGCCAGAGAAAGCAUCAAAUGGGUAUCAAAAUGGAUAUGACAGAAGAAAACGACGUUUAGAUGAUCAUGAGCCGAGAAGUUUAAAUCCUGAAACAAAUGAACAUCUUAUGUCUUCAUUAAAAGAUAUAAACAACGAACUUUCUCGUAUGUGGUCUUACAUGACAAGUGUCUAUCAAAGAGCUGAAAAACCAACAAACGACUUGCGACCUCCACCAUCGAUUAACAGGUAAAUCUGUUCCACUUUAUUUUUUUUAUUGUCGUAAAUUGCCUCCUGUUGUGUUUACGACAAUUCACAGUUUUAUAAACACAGGUUUAGUUAACAAUCUCUUUCCUUUUUUACUAGUUUAAUGUCUCGCCCUAUAUAACAAUCUCCAUUCGCACGCUCGCUCUCGUCACUAAUGUUUUUACAACAUGUGUUCGUUUCACCGGAAGUGUUGGCGCACGCCGCAUUUCCAGCUUCUAAACUGUUAAUACUGUCUAUAUAUAUAUAUAUAUAUAUAUAUAUAUAUAUAUAUAUUGUUAAUCUCCAACACACUCCCCCUAUAUAACUCAAAUAUUGAGAUAUAUAUGUUAACUAUCGGAGAUUCCCAAACAACAACAAUAAGAAUAAACCACCAAUAGUUACUAAGAACGUCAAUCGAGUUCAUCCUCUUCAGCUUCGUCUUGAAUCCGUAAUCUCG